GGAACCAUGUCCCAUGAAAAGAGUUUCCUGGUGUCUGGGGACAGCUACCCUACCCCCAACCCUGGAUAUCCUGGGGGGCCCCAGGCCCCUGUACCUCCCUAUGGGCAGCCUCCUUACCCUGGGGCCCCUUAUCCUCAGCCUCCUUUCCAGUCUGGCCCCUAUGGUCAACCAGGGUAUCCCCAGGGCCCUGCCCCCUACCCCCAGGGCCCCUCCCCAUACCCACAGGGCCCCUACCCCCAAGGGGGCUACCCACAGGGCCCCUAUCCCCAAGGGGGGUACCCUCAGGGCCCCUACCCUCAAGGAGGCUACCCACAGGGGCCCUAUCCCCAGAGUCCCUUCCCACCCAACCCUUAUGGACAACCACAGGCUUUCGAGGCACCGGACCCAGGCUCUCCUCUUCAGGGGAACUAUCAUGAGGAGUGCCCUCCCUCCUACUACGACAACCAGGACUUCCCUGCCACCAACUGGGAUGACAAGAGCAUCCGGCAGGCUUUUAUCCGCAAGGUGUUCCUGGUACUGACUGUGCAGCUGUCGGUGACCUUGUCCUCGGUGGCUGUGUUCACAUUUGUCGGCGGUGUGAAGGACUUUGUUCUGGCGAACGUAUGGACUUACUAUGUGUCCUAUGCCGUCUUCUUUGUCUCCCUCAUUGUCCUCAGCUGCUGUGGGGACUUCCGCAGAAAGCACCCCUGGAACAUCAUUGCACUGUCCAUCCUGACCAUCAGUCUGUCCUACAUGGUGGGCAUGAUUGCCAGCUUCUAUGACACGGAGGCCGUCAUCAUGGCUGUAGGCAUCACUACCACCGUCUGCUUCACAGUCGUCAUUUUCUCCUUGCAGACCCGCUAUGACUUCACCUCGUGCAUGGGCGUGCUGCUGGUGAGCGUGGUCGUGCUGCUCAUCUUUGCCGUCCUCUGCAUCUUCAUCCGGAACCGCAUCCUGGAGAUCGUGUACGCCUCACUGGGUGCUCUGCUCUUCACCUGUUUCCUGGCGGUGGAUACCCAGCUGCUCCUCGGCAACAAGCAGCUGUCCCUCAGCCCCGAGGAGUACGUGUUUGCCGCCCUGAACCUGUACACGGACAUCAUCAACAUCUUCCUCUACAUUCUCGCCAUCAUUGGCCGUGCAAAGGAGUAG